UUGCGCGAAGCUUUUGUGGAGUUUGAUAAAGACAAAGAUGGCUACAUAAGCUGUAAAGACCUGGGGAAUUUGAUGAGGACCAUGGGCUACAUGCCCACUGAGAUGGAGCUGAUAGAACUGAGCCAAAACAUUAACAUGAACUUAGGGGGGCAGGUAGACUUUGAAGAUUUUGUGGAGCUAAUGACCCCCAAGCUUCUGGAUGAAACAGCAGGGAUGAUCGGCUUGAGGGAACUCAAAGAUGCUUUCAAAGAGUUUGAUAUGGAUGGUGAUGGUUCAAUCACAUCUGAAGAGCUGAAACAUGCCAUGCUGAAGUUAUUAGGAGAACACACCAGCAAAUCUGAAAUUGAUGCUGUGGUCAGAGAGGUUGACAACAAUGGAGAUGGGAAAGUUGACUUUGAGGUGACUGAGAAGUGA